AUGCCUAGAUCCGUUCCUUGGAUGGCGCCGAAUGGUGCAAAGCAAGGACAGGCAUCCGAUUCUUCGAAACGUAAACGUCCCAGCGAGGUGAUUGACCUCACUGACAGUGCCGAGACGCGUCCGAAUUCCAAAACGGCUCGUACCUCUCAUUCCUCGGCACGUACGCCUUCACGGAGCUCUGCCGGCCAAAGCUCUGCUGCUGCUGGAAGUAGACAACUUGCUCGUACUCCUUCAUGGACUCAACCAAGUCCCUCAUCGCAAAGGAGUCGUACGGGCUACGUCCCGCCAUGGACUCCACCCCAGCAACACAGCCAGGCCGAACGCGACGCUUGGCUUCAGGAAGAAGGCAACGAUAUCUUCGAAAAUGUGGCUUCCUCGCAAAAUCCUCCUGUGGCUCAUGAUCAGUAUCAGAAGUAUGGCUCUCUAGACACCAAAAUUGUUGGUGUUCGCUUUUAUACAGGCUUUGCAACUGUCGGCGAGAGGAUUACCAUAAAGCGCGAGCCGAGCAACCCUUACGAUCCCAAUGCCAGUAAGUCAUCCAAGCAUCAGCCUUACAAGUCGUCCGCUGACUCCAAAANNGUCCGAAUCGAUAACAUGGCGAACGAACAGAUCGGUCACGUCGGAAGGUCAGGCUCAUUGACACAACCGAUCCUUCUUGGAACCAAAACACUAAACAGGGAAAUACNNAGAAACGUAGCGGCCAAGCUCGCAAGAUAUAUCGACAACGGCUGGCUUCUCAUGGAAGGAUCUCUCUCCGGCGAGAUUGGCCAAUAUGACUGUCCUGUUACAUUCAAUUUCUUCGGACCUCCUCUGAGCUCACCGUUGAGCGAAGAGGUGCGCGAACGUAUGAUGGUCGAUAGGUUGCCCACUCAAGACAUUAGUAGGUAUGAGCGCGACCAGAAGAAGAUACAGCAGACCGCCGAACGAAAGAUAGCGGCCAACUCUCAAUUCAAGGCUUCACAAGCACCUGGUCUUGGUGGGAGCUCGCAGGAACAGACCAUGCAAGACAUUAUCAGUGGCAGCGAACACUUCAAUCCGAGAGACGUUGGCCGAGCUGCAGAGCAGUUCGGUACUUCCGAAGACGACCUUGCAGCCAUGGUCAAAGCCAAGCAACCUAUGCGCCUUGCUACCGCCAUGCUUCCGUACCAGCUACAGGCAUUGGCGUGGAUGCUCGACAGGGAGAAUCCGAAGGUCCCGGCAAAGGGUUCCAAAGAUUUCGUACAGCUCUGGCGCAGACACGAGCGCUAUCCAAACGCAUUCACAAACAUUGCAACCAAUUUCUCCAUUAAGGACAAAGAACCUGUCCUCGCAAGUAGUGGCAUCCUUGCAGACGAUAUGGGUCUGGGUAAAACAUUGGAGAUGAUCUCACUAUUGGUGUCGGAUCAUGGAGAUUCUACUCCAAGCCAGGAAGGCGAACUGAACGCAACACUUAUCGUUGCGCCUCUGUCUGUGAUGUCGAACUGGAGCGACCAGGUAUNNGCAACUUGCAGGCUCAAAGGUGCCAGCGCCGUCACUGCUGUGCUUGCACGUUCACGCUGGGUACUGACUGGCACACCUAUCAUCAAUUCACUCAAAGAUCUUUACUCAUUGCUACGCUUCAUUGGCAUCACCGGAGGCUUGGAGAAGCUGGAGGUGUUCAACAGUGUCCUUGAUCGACCAGUCAAGGCAAACGACUCGAGUGCAAUCGCCCUUCUGCAGGCAGUCAUGUCUGCAUUCACCCUGCGCCGUCGCAAGGAGAUGAAGUUUGUUGAUCUUAAGCUGCCAGAACUGUCCGAGUUUGUGCAUCAUAUUGAAUUUGCCAACAAGGAGAAGGAGAGAUAUAUGGCACUAUUCCAAGAAGCUCAAGNNAUUCUGCUUCGCCUGCGUCAAGUAUGCAACCAUUGGCAGAUGUGCUCCGAGCGUGUCACCAAUCUGAUGAAACAGAUCCAAAAGCAGAAGGUUGUCGAAUUGACUCCGGAAAACCUCAAGGCUUUGCAAGAUAUGCUCUCGUUGAGCAUCCAAUCCCAAGAGGAGUGUGCCAUCUGCCUCGACGACUUGCACAGCCCCGUCAUCACACCUUGCGCUCACGUCUUUGGCAGAGAGUGUAUUGAGCGUGUCAUCGAUACACAGAAAAAGUGCCCGAUGUGUCGCGCGGAGCUCAAGGAUAAAUCCAUUCUUGUCCAGCCAGCCAAUGACUUCGGUGACGAGGCCAAGGAUGAAUCCAUCGAUUUUGAUGCUAGCAGUACCAAACUUGAAGCGCUCAUCGAAAUCCUCAAGGCAUCCAAGGGUACAGGUAACAAGACCGUUGUCUUUUCUCAAUGGGUACGUGAUUCUGGAGCUAUCAAUGAAUGUGCGACCGCUGACUCUGUUUGCGAAAGANCCAAGUUCCUUGAUAUCGUGCAGGCGAGACUCGACCGUGAAGGAUGCAAGUAUUGCAGACUCGACGGCACUAUGUCCGUCAGACUUCGAGACCAAGCAUUACAUGCCCUCGAGGAAGACCCGGAUUGCACAAUUAUGCUGGCGAGCUUGGGCGUGUGCAGCGUUGGCCUGAAUCUCGUCGCUGCCAACCAGGUCAUUCUUUCGGACAGUUGGUGGGCUCCUGCCAUCGAAGAUCAAGCUGUUGAUCGUGUACACCGGCUAGGACAGACGAAGAAGACCAGUGUCUUCCGCCUCGUCAUGGAGGGCAGCAUCGAGGAACGCACACUGGACAUUCAGGCCGAGAAGCGUAAACUCAUGAUGAUGGCUUUCCAAGAAAAGGACAACAAGAGGNGCAAAACCAAGUCCUCAAGAUUGGGUGAUGUGGAGAAAUUGCUAAGAUGA